CAAAGAGGCUGGGACGACCUCAUGGCUUCGGCGGCAUGGACGACUCUCGUUGUACAGACAGCUUUCGGCGGCAUGGCAGCACACUACGGUUUCGGCAAACAUCGAGAAAACAUAUCUUCGACCUUUCCCCGAGCGAUGUUCUACUUCUACCUCUAUCAGAUUCUGUACAAGAUUCUCGGCACCUUCACCAAACUCACCUUCUGCUUCUUGUAUUUGCGCUUGUUCAGCGCGCAAAUGAAGUUCAAGCAGAUUGUAUGGGUCAACAUCGCCAUCAUUAUGGCGGGCGGCAUAGCUUUCACGGCGGCCACGAUCUGGCAGUGCAAUCCACUGACUCGUGCAUGGGAUAAAGCAGUCUCAGGACACUGCAUCAAUAACAAGGCAUUCUGGUAUUCUCACGCUGCGUUCAACACUUUCAUGGAUAUUGUGGUAUUUGUCCUCCCAGUACCACUGAUCCGCACUCUACAAAUGGCAAAACGCACGAAGAAGGGCCUGAUUACCCUAUUCCUGCUGGGCUUCUUCACCAUAAUCGCCUCCGUCGUACGUAUGGCAUUGCUCAACAGCAGCGCCGAAAGUAUUGCAGAUCCAACCUGGGGAUCAAUGCCGGCACUCAUCUGGACUGAGAUCGAAUCGAACACUUCCAUGAUCUGCUGCUGUCUCCCUGCUCUUCGAAAACUAGCAGCCAAAAUCUGG